AUGGCGAAGAAGUUCGACCCCAAUGAAAUCAAAUAUAUCUACCUCCGCCAGACUGGCGGUGAGGUCGGUGCCUCUUCAGUCCUGGCACCUAAGCUUGGUCCCCUUGGUAUGGCUCCCAAGAAGGUGGGUGAUGACAUUGCAAAGGCCACAAUGUCGUGGAAGGGCAUGAAAGUGACGGUGUGCCUGAAGGUUCAAAACCGCCAGGCCACCGUCGAAGUUGUUCCCACUGCCUCCUCUUUGAUCAUCAAAGAGCUCAAGGAGCCCCCAAGAGACAGAAAGAAAACAAAGAAUAUCAAGCACAACGGAAACCUCUCCCUCCAGCAGCUCUUUCAGAUCGCGCGUACCAUGCGCCCCAAGUCGCUUGCGCACGAGUUUUCCGGAACUGUCAAGGAGAUUGUUGGAACGUGCCACUCGAUCGGCUGCACCAUUGACGGAUCGCACCCCAGUGAAAUGCAAGAGCGAAUUGACUCCGGGGAGAUCGAUAUCCCCUCGGCAUAA